CCGAGGCAACUGUCGGUUCGAUCGAAAAGGGCUCAACGGGCAACCGCGAUGGCACUCUCGAUCGCAGCACAGAUCGAGCAGCGGAUAGCAGCGCUCUUGCCAGCGCCAACAGUAGCCCCAGCGCUGCGACUCGACAAGCCCGAGAAGCCAUUGCCACUCGUUUUGCAAGAGCGCUGCUACGCCCUCCGCCAACGCCAACGCUAUCAGAUGCACCGCGUCCUCCAGCACAAGCAGCUGCGCCGGCGCCGGCCAAAUGCGCCGACCGAGUGCGCAAUCUGCCUCGAGAUGAUGCAGCCCGAGCUCGAGAUGCUGCGCACGCUGCCGUGUGGCCAUACGUACCACCGAGUGUGCAUUGACACGUGGGCGAAGCGGCAGAAGACGUGCCCGUGCGACCGCCUGCCCUUUGGCCGCCUCUUUUAGCCCCGUUGCAUGACCAACACGACUGCAUAUUUGCAUUUCCAUUGCGG